AUGUUAGACAAGCUAUUAUCAUACUUAACGUCCAGUAAAGUCGGUAUAAGUACAGCAGAUUUUACUUGGGUCCCUCUCGCAUGCCUCAUGCUGGCUGCUUUUAGUGCCAACCUUGGCGCUGCCCCAGUGCCCUGGAUUUUGUCUGUCGAAUACUUUCCUACUGCGAUCAGGUCCCAGGUGAUGGGAGUAAGCACAAUGAUAGGAAAUCUCAUCAGCUUCGCGGCAUUACAGGCCUACAGUCCUAUGCAGGCUGCGUUCACCCAAGCUGGCCUGUAUUGGUCUUAUGCUUGCGUGGCCGCCCUGGGCAUCGUCUAUACCCUCUGUUUCGUUCAGGAGACUAAAGGUCCCAAGGAAUCCACUGAUAACUUAUCAUCCUUCUCCUCUACCUACGCAGACUAUUCAGGUGUUUCCAGUGACAUGGAAAGGCUCCCGUGUAAGAUAAUGAUGACAGUCCUCUGGAAGUAA